AUGGUGAAAGACAAGCAGUUAGCCAUAGAAAAUUUCAGAGCAGCUAUUCUCAGAAUCGCAAGCUCUGACCCAACCAAACCCUUACCGGACGCCCGAAAAACCCUCAUCGAUAAACGCAUUCGGCAAUUCUUCACCAACCAUCGCACUCCCGAUCAUCCCACCUACCCUGCGAUGAUACAUAGGGCAAUUGAGGAGUUGAAUGAGGAAGAUGGUUGUAGUGAAGAGUCCAUUUCUAAUUUUAUUAGAAAGGAGUACAAGGAUUUGCCAUGGGCGCAUUCCACGAUCCUGAAUCAUCAUCUGGAGAAGCUUUGUAAGAGUGGGGAGAUUGUUUCGACUCUUCAAAAUUCUUACUUGGUCAUUGAUGCUAAUCAUGCUAUCAUGAACGAAAAGCCUACUCUUGGCUCUGAAAGGAAGGGACCGAAUACGAAGGGGAGGAAGAAGCAGGGGAGAAAAUGGGGUAGGCAGCGUAAGAAAGAAGAGAUUGAAUGUCAACCAAUGGAAGUGCUUGAAGGAGAAGAAGAAAAUCAAGCAUUAGAAGAUCAUACUGAAGUGGUUGACAAACAAGAUCAAGGACAAAAUAACGAGAUGUCACAGUUUUGUGAUGAUGGUGAGAAGGGUGUUGGUUGCGACUUAAGGGUGCCGCCUGGUGAGGGUCUUGGGACCAUAAUGGAAGAAGAAAAGAAAGAACUUUUAGAGGAGGAGGAAGAGAUUGGCUAUCAACCAAUGGAAGUGAUUGAAGGAGAAGAAGAAAAUCGAGCAUUAGAAGAUCAUACCCAAGUGGUUGACAAACAAGAUCAAGGACAAAAUAAUGAGAUGUCACAGUUUUGUGAUGAUGGCGAGAAGGGGGUUGGUUGUGACUUAGGGGUGCUGCCUGAUGAGUGUCUUGGGACCAUAAUGGAAGAAGAAAAGAAAGAACUUUUAGAGGAGGAGGAAGAGCAGCUGAUGAAAAGACCUGGAGAGGAGUGUUUUGAUACUUUUGGUUUGCAGCCACAACAGCAACCUGAGCUUCCAAUUCCAGAAAAUUCUUCCGAACUAAAAUUGUGGGUAGAUUUGAAUUUUACUCCAGAUCAUCUGGAGCAGUAG